CUGAGGACGGAGCAUAGGGGUGUGAAAGAAAGGGGAGGAGAGGAAAUAAUGACACAAAGGCCCUAGAAAGCAGAGUAAAUUCCAUGGAUUCUGGGAACCCCCUGUCAUCCCAGUCUCUGAUCAAGGGAAGAGGGCAGCAGAGGCCAGGGAGGAAUGGAUAAGCAUGGAGUGAAGACCCCCCUGUGGAGGAAGGACCUGGAGGAGCCCGGGGCCGCAGGGGCGCAGGCGGGGGCCGCGGAGGAAGGGUCGGAAGACGCGGAGAGGCGGCCGCAGGAGGGCGCGAGCGAGGCCGGGGCGCAGGGCCGGGAGGCCGAGGGCGGCGAGCGGGGCUCGGGGUCCUACUGCCCGCUGCGCCAGGAGAGCAGCUCGCAGCAGGUGGCGCUGCUGCGGCGCGCGGACAGCGGCUUCUGGGCCUGGCUCAGCCCCUUCUCGCUGCUCGGCGGCCUGGGCGCUCCCGCCGACAGGAAGCGCAGCCCCCCGGAGGAGUCCUGCGUGUUGGAGACCCGGCGGCGGCCGCCGCGCGGCGGGGGCUGCGCGCGCUGCGAGAUCCUUUUUUGCAAGAAGUGCAGGAACCUGCACAGCCACCCGGCCUACGUGGCGCACUGCGUGCUGGAGCACCCUGAUCUGGGUCUGCAGGCCCAGAUGCGGGGCUCCCGCCUGUUAUCAGGCGCCCACCCGAUGCAGAGCCCAGCAGCACCUGGAGCACCCUUCCUUCCUGAGCGCCUCAUAAGGGCCCCGGCCGGGCAGCACCCGGUGCAGGCUGCCAACUGACUCGAGGCCCAGGCGCUGCCUCACCUGCAUCUCUUGGGUAUUUUAGGUCCUUCUGGCAGGAUGGGCAGAGGCAUCGCCUAGAGGAAAU